AUGGAACUCAGAAGACCAAGCUUCAACCCCUACUCAAACCCAUCAGAAGAUGAUAUGAGAAUCGAGCCAGAAGAAUUAGCGCUCAGCAAAACCGACGAAAGAUCUUUGACCAUCACAGUAACUUCCAUUUAGAUCGUCAGAACAUCUAUAGAGCAAACAACUCCUCAAAGAUACCAAGUAACUCGGCGAGGCGUGAUAAAUUCGCUUCGCAUACCUCAAGAUAUGACCGUUCGAAUAGGCCGUCAGCACAUCAACGAAGAAGGGCUUAGACCAAAUGAUAUCACAUUGCCUCCAAGCGACCGAGCCAUCAGCAGAUGCCACUGCAUGAUCGAGUGCAAGAAGUUCUUUAUUUUUGAAAUCCCAGAAGAGUGAAUUGCCUUCCUUAUGGCUUAUCACCCACGAUUGGGGAGAAAUUCAAUAUGAAAUUACCUCCCUCUUGAUCUUUUCAGAUAUAUCUUAAUGUUCAUCAAAGAGCCCAGAGCUCCUUAUUUGGUUGACUUAGGCAGCAUGUGUGGAACUUAUGUCAAAGUCUCCAAUACGGAACCUAUUGAGCUGGAACAAGGGCAGAAUUUCUUAAUUGGCAGCGAUAUUAUUAUAGAAAUCGACAGAGUCGCGAAUGACCCUGUUCCGCCUUCAUUGAAUUCUGAACAGACUUUAGAAGACAUCGGGCAAAACACGUUUAACUCAUCUGAUAUGAUGAUUGAAGACAUUGGGCCUUAUAUUUUAAUAAGGGUUUGCAGGAGUCUUAAUGAUAAUGAAGAAACCAUCAAUGCGUCCACUUGGAAAUUUGCAGCAGAGGAGAAAUACAAAAGCUUUACAAUCGGGAGAUCUCAAAUCUGCGACAUCCAGCUCUCCGAGAACACAAUUUCAAGAACACAGUGCAGAGUGAUCUAUGACGAAGGAAAGUGGCUGCUUUACGACGGUCUUGCAAAUAAGCCCACAAUUAAUGGUACGUGGAUGUCAGUUUUCAAAAAAGAGCGAGUCAACCGAGAACACUCCCUUCCUUUUAAACUCAAAAACGGCAGCCAAAUCAAGGUAUCUGACACUAUUUUACAAGUUGAUUGGAUUGAAUAA